UACAGAUUUAUCGGUGACAUUCUUACUGAUGGCAACCAUCAGAAGAACAAAAAAAUAAAUAGAUAAAACGAAACAAGACGAACAUCCAUCCAUGCUGUAUACCGGAUGAGAAUUAGAUUGCUGUCAGGAGUAAUUAAAAUGAUUGAAAUGAAGUGUUAGGAGUUGAGAAUUUAAGGACACGUUCUAAGGAUUUUAUUUAGUUGGUACUAUAUCUAGGCCCUUCGAUGAUGGCCUUAAUUGCUUAUAUCUGCAAACCAAUUUACUUGAUAAUGAAUGUUUAUGUUUACAUAUAAAUUUUAUCAUUCUUACUUUAAAAUAUCUUAGCAAACUGGAUGUUUUCAGAUAGUCAUAGUAUUGUGGAACUUUUUUUCUGUGGUAUAACUUUAAAUGAUGGCAGAAGUAACUCAUUCAGUGGUCUUUUCAUCUGAAGGUCAAUGGAGGAAUAGACCUCCUAGCAAAAUACCAUCUUUAUGGAAAUCUUACUUGUACCAACUUCAGCAAGAAGCUCCAAUUCCAAAAAGAAUAUUGUGUAAUCGAGAGGUUCAUGGAAAGCCUUGUCAUUAUGGAAGAGAAUUCCAUGGUAAAAUAUCCAGAGAAGAAGCUGAGCGUUUGCUUGUAGAAGAUGGUUGUUAUUUGGUUCGUGAAAGUCAGAGAGCUUACGGACAGUAUACUUUGAGCAUGAAAUUUGGUGGUGUUACAAAAAAUUUUAAACUCUAUUAUGAUGGUAAACAUUAUGUUGGAGAGAAGAGAUUUGACACUAUUCAAGAUCUGGUUGCUGAUGGACUUAUAUCUAUGUUUUUGGAAGUUCAUGCCGGUGACUAUAUUGCAACUAUGUGUAUGGAAUCAAAAUAUGAAGACAGCCCUUACAUGACGCUCAAUUCUUAUAAAAGGAAAAUUACUCGUAAUCGUUCUCGCAAUACUGUGAAACAUGCUAAAGAUGAGGUUGCUUUGAAAAAGGAUUAUCCUAAAGGUGAAACUUUUCAUGAGUAUGAUAAGCCUACUGUUGAACCUCCGUCUGAUGAUGUGUUUCUUCAUGAAGAUGGGGAUGAUAUUGAUGUUCUUCAGUUUGCUAAAAUGCAUGCAUUUAAGGUUAAUAAUUUUAUUGGUCUGCCAUGGUGCGAUUUUUGUGGAAAUUUUAUGUGGGGAUUAAUUGCUCAAGGUGUAAAAUGUGAAGACUGUGGUUUCAGUGCUCAUAAGAAAUGUUCAGAAAAAGUACCAAAUGAUUGUAUGCCUGAUUUAAAAUAUGUAAAAAGAGUUUUUGGAGUUGAUCUAAUUACUCUUGUGAAGGCUCAUAACACAUUACGACCUUUUGUAGUUGAUUUAUGUAUAAAAGAAACUGAAAAGAGAGGCCUUGAUGUUGAAGGAUUAUACCGAGUUUCUGGUUUUAGUGACGAAAUAGAACUGUGCAGAAUGGUUUUUGAAAGAGAUUGUGAAUGUGCUGAUAUAAGUAGAAAUGCUUUUGAAGAUGUUAAUGUCAUUACAGGAGUUUUAAAAUUGUUCUUCCGUCUUCUCCCUAUACCUUUGAUAACAUUUGAAUCGUACAGUUCCUUUAUCAAUGCUGCAAAAAAACUUGCCUUAGGAGAAAGAUUGAAUGAUUUAAAAAAGGCCUUGAAUAUUUUACCACCUGCUCAUUACCAAACUCUAAAAUUUUUGAUGGCUCAUCUUUACAGAGUUGCUGAGAGGCAAAAGUUUAACUUAAUGACUCCACAAAAUUUAAGUACUGUGUUUUGUCCUACUUUAAUGAGAUGUCCAGAGAUUGGAGGUGUUCCAGAUCAACUUACUGCUUGGCAUGCAGAGAGUACUGUGAUUGAAAUGCUAAUCACUCACCAAAGACAACUUUUUGAUCAUUGAUAUACUAGAUUUUUAAAGCAUUUUGAACUUAUUAUAUAAAUUAAUGUUGUUCAAAAAUUUCUAAGAUUCUAAAUUAUGUAAAAUUACUAAUUUAGAUCAUACUUAGAUUUUAUGAUAUUCUUUGGAUUAUUUUUUUCAUUCUGCUAUUUUAAGCAUUGAGGAUCAAUUAUAAUGUAUGAAAAAACAUAUGGGUUUAAAUUUUAUAUAUUUUUUCUGUUGUAAUAAAUACAUUUUGGAUAUUCUUAAAAAUCAAUUUGAAUUACCUUUUGUGUUGUUUUACUAUUUACAAAAGAAAACUGUCUUUCACAAAUUUAGGAGAUUUAGUUAUUUUGAUGAUGGAACAUCAUUGCUCAUGAUUUUGUUGGCAUUUUUGUUUUUCUUGUUAUUUCAUUUCAUAUUUUUUAUAUUUGUAGUGAAAUUCCUUUUUAAAUACGUAAUAUUCUUUUUUCUACAUUUAUUGAAUUAUAUAAAGUAU